UUUUUUGGUCCGCGGGGAAUAUAAUAUUCCCAGGUGGUGGACAAUCUGCCCUCGCUUAGCUGGAGUCACACUAAAACUGUGGGAGGACAGAUGGUCCAUCACCACCCCUAUCCGCCAGCCGAGGACGCGUUCGAACUCAACAGAAUGUAAAAUCCUGAAAAAUAUACCUAAUUGAAGCAUCAUCCAAUUUAUUCGAAAUCCAAGUUGAAAAACUUUAAUUAUGAGAACGUCAUCAUUAUCAGCGGGUCAUUUCUUAUUUAUUUACAAAUUAAGACCGAUAAUUUACAUAAUUUUGCAUUUGAAUAUAUAUUUCUAUCUUAUCAGUGGUGGUUUAUCCUUAUCGAGUUCAAAUGGUAUGGAAUCUCAACAACAGAAUCAGCAAACUCAGCGUCCAUAUUUCGACGAUAUCAACUCUAGAAAUGUGACAACAGUAGCCGAUGAAACGGCUAUUUUAAAAUGCCGUGUUAAAAAUAAAGGAAAUAGAACCGUAUCAUGGAUGCGUAAGAGAGAUCUACACAUAUUAACUACAAAUAUAUACACCUAUACAGGCGAUCAACGAUUUUCUGUGGUCCAUCCGCCAGGCAGUGAUGACUGGGAUUUGAAAAUUGAAUAUGCACAACAACGUGAUAGUGGUAUUUAUGAAUGUCAAGUAAACACAGAGCCAAAAAUCAAUUUAGCCGUUAUGCUUGAUGUAACAGCAAUGGCCGUUGUGAAAGAUAGAAUUUCCGAGCAGCAAUACUAUGAUGCCAAAGCAGCGGCCAGAGCAAAUAUUUUGGGUUCAACGGAGAUACACGUUAAACGUGACAGUACGAUAGCAUUGGCUUGUUCAGUAAACAUACAUGCUUCCUCUGUUCUGUGGUACCAUGGUUCUUCGGUUGUGGAUUUCGAUUCAUUACGUGGUGGCAUUAGCUUAGAAACAGAAAAAACUGACACCGGUACAACAAGUCGUCUUAUGUUGACCAGAGCAUCACUAAGAGAUUCUGGUAAUUACACAUGUGCGCCGAUUGGUGCAAUACCAGCAUCCGUGCGAGUUCAUGUAUUAACAGGAGAACAACCCGCCGCUAUGCAAACUAGCAAGGGCAUUGGAAUAACGCCGAAUGCCCACUUGGCAAUUGUGACAUUCUGCAUAUUUUCAAUUGCAACGUGGCACUAUUCAUCCAUAUCACAAGUUUCUAAUUUAAUUUCAGUUUAUAACGUCUUACAACACAAACAUUUUAUGCACUUAAAACAAACAAAACAAAUGCAACAUAUUCAGCUGAACCCAAAUUUUCAAAGAAAUUUUAAUAUACGCUACCGUUGCAAAGAAUGGCAUACAACUAGCACAAAAUAUGAAAACUUUCAUCGAUCACAUCGACUAAGGUGACUAGAAUCACACCUAAGCGUUGCUUAAAAACGAGAAAAACUAAAAUUACCUAAAUCAUCUAAUAUAAACUAAUAAAGAACUUUACAUUACAUUUACAGAAGCAUCUUUGGAAUGCUACAGAAGAUUCAUGCAAAGGCGGCAAUAUGAUGAUAUGUAUUUUAGGAUCCCAUCAAAUUAAAAGGAACGACAAAUAUAAUUAAUUACUAAUUGAUGGUUGCUUGGGUAUCAUCUUCAUACUAUUUUUUAUAUAUUAACGUAUUAUUUAGUAAAAAUAUGUAGGAUAUAAUAUUAUGUAUAAAUAAUUAAUAACUAAUAGUAGUAUAAAAUUGUAUAAAUUAAUAAAAAUAAAU